UGUAUAUUUCUCAAUUUCAUCAAAAUUAUUUAUUUGUUUUUAUUUUUUGAUGGCAAAUGUUUUCGACUUUGACUCGGAAACAUGUUUUUCUUUUCAAUCAAUUCUUCAAUUAUAUUCCAUUCUUAUAUAAUUCUGUUAAUUUCGAUCAAUUCUUCAAUUUGACUCGGAGACACGUUUGAUGAUGCGACUGCGCGCUGUGAAUCUGGUUUUCAUCAGGUAUAUCAGUUUAUUUUGGAUGAGUGAAGUCUAUAGGUAAAGCAAUGAAUAACCGCUCGGAGCUUGGUAGACCCACUUCAGGUAAAAGAAGGCUUAAGGAUCUCUUGCUUCAAAAGGAUAACCGUUGUUGUGCUGAUUGCAGUGCCCAAGAUCCUAAAUGGGCAUCCGCAAAUGUUGGAGUUUUUAUAUGCUUAAAAUGUUGUGGUGUGCACAGAAGCCUUGGAACUCAUAUAUCAAAGGUUUUAUCCGUGACAUUAGAUGAAUGGUCUGAUGAAGACAUUGAUGCGAUGAUUGAGGUUGGAGGAAAUGCUGCGGCUAAUGCAAUAUAUGAGGCUUUUAUUCCAGAUGGAUUUUCAAAGCCUGGACCUGAUGCAAGUCAUGAUGAUCGUAUGAGAUUCAUCAGAUCUAAGUAUGAGCUUCAAGAAUUCCUGAAACCUAGCUUGCGGAUUCUUUCAAUGCAACCUGUAAAGAGCUCGCUUCAACCAAGUUUUUCUAAAAAGCUCAUGAGUAGUUUCCGAAGUUCACAAUCAUCUAAAAGAUCGGAAAACUCUGAAGGAAUGGUAGAAUUUAUUGGAGUAUUGAAGGUCAAAGUAGCAAAAGGGACAAAUUUAGCUGUCAGAGAUAUGUUAUCUAGUGAUCCUUAUGUUGUCCUUAAUCUUGGGCAGCAGACUAUUCAAACAUCUGUUGUAAAGAGCAACCUAAAUCCGAUUUGGAAUGAAGAACUCUUGCUUUCUGUACCACAACGAUACGGAUCUGUAAAAUUGUGGUUCGUAUUGUCGUGUCUUGUUCCGCCUCUGCAGAAAGUGUUUGAUCACGACACAUUCUCAGCCGAUGACAUUAUGGGUGAAGCUGAGAUUGAUAUCCAGCCAUUGAUAACCUCGGCGAUGGCUUAUGGAGACCCAGGAAUGUUUGGCAAUAUGCAAAUUGGAAAAUGGUUGAAGUCACAUGAUAAUGCUCUUGUAGAAGACAGCAUCAUCAACAUUAUUGAUGGAAAAGUUAGACAAGGGAUGCAAUUGAAGCUCCAGAAUGUUGAAUGUGGAGAGCUAGAAUUAGAAGUGGAGUGGAUGCCUCUUGAGCAAUAAUCAACGAUAUUUUAAACCCGGAUAUGAAAUAGUUAAGUGGAAAAAAGAAAAGAAAAAUGAACUUUACCAUCUAUCUUUUGGGCUUGAUUUUUAAAUUUAUGACUAAAAUUUUAAAUUGUGAAAGAUCUGCCGGCGUUGGAUUUCAAUUUACCAUCUAUCUUCUGGGCUUGAUUUUUAAUUUAUGACUAACAUUGAGAGAAUUUACUUUGAAGGUCUGUAAUGAGGUUUUUUCUAAUAUUUUGUAAGUAAAUUACGGAGUAUAAACUUGGUUGACAA